UAUUAAAAGUAUAUGUUAUGAAUUGCAAUGCUUUCUUGAAAUAAAUUAAAAGAAACUCAUUCAAAACUGUUUCAGAAGUCCAAAAUGUACACCGGUGUUUUGGGCAAAAUACUCCAUUGAAACUCCUAGUUACUCUACAUAGUGCUCCGCAAUAGGUAAGUGGGGGUCCCUCCCAGAUAUACUGGUAACUGUGGCUCUAAUUAUGCAAAGGAAAUGUAAGCAGAUAGAUGCAUGUGGGACCUCCUAUUGGAUGUGACGCAACUCAGACUCUUUGCCGGGAACGCUGCUUCCAGCUUCCAGCUGGCAUUCAGGGUUUUGCGCUUCAUGCUUUCACUGCAAACUCCCCCGUCACCGUUGUGCCGUUACUGGGGUCCUCCAGGGCUCCCCAGGUGCACACAAAGAUCACACCCAUCCAGCCGAUUCAAAGGGGAUGACUGAAAGGAAUUGGGUGGUCCAGAAAAUCCGGCAGUUCUGACGGUGCUGUUCCAAGAGGCGCAGCCUUCCAAAAGCAAUAUGAUGUCUGCUAUAGAGACUGGUACUCCUGUGUACCAACCUGCACAGCUGCUCAACUGGGUGUAUAUGUCCUUGCAAGACACACCGAGCGGCGCUUUUGAUGCGUUCAGAGUCGAAUCGGACACUUCUCCUCAGGACAUGAACAGCUCCAAGCGCAGCGCAGCAGAUCUGAGCUCCAACUAUCUCAACAACUUCUUCCACCUGAGGAGUGAGGCUUUGAACAACAAUUUCUACAAGAGCUCCUCGCCCUACGGGUCCCUCAACAAUAUCGUGGACGGUCUGAGCUCUCUGGCCGACCAUUUCUCAGACCUCUCUCUGUCCCCAGAGACACGUAAACCCAGCAAAAGGCCGCCGCCUAACUACCUGUGCCACCUUUGCUUCAACAAAGGACACUACAUCAAAGACUGUCCUCAGGCUCGACCCAAAGGUGAAGGCCUGACCCCGUAUCAGGGAAAGAAGAGGUGUUUCGGUGAAUAUAAAUGCCCUAAAUGCAAGAGGAAGUGGAUGAGCGGGAACUCCUGGGCCAACAUGGGACAAGAAUGUAUCAAGUGCCACAUCAAUGUUUACCCUCACAAGCAGCGACCCCUGGAGAAACCGGAUGGGUUGGAUGUGUCGGACCAGAGCAAGGAGCAUCCGCAGCAUCUGUGUGAAAAAUGCAAAGUCCUCGGCUACUACUGCCGCCGUGUACAAUAACACUCUCUGCUCGCCUUCCUCCAAAGUUUUAUGAAAAAGGGAAAGUUAUAUUUUAAUUACUAAAAAAAAUGCAUAAUAAACUUUAUUGUAUUAUAAUGCAUCUAAUGGUUUAUUCUUAUGCAACAUUAUUUUCUGACACUGUGACUCUCAGUAUAGGAGGCUCAUUGUGGUGGAAAACUUCUGCAGUAUCUCUCAGUGGAGACGAGUACUUUGCAUUUGCUGGGUUCUGUAACCUCUAUCAUUAUGUGAAUAUUCAUUUGAAGUCUUAACUUUGAAGAAAGAAUCUUACCAACUGUGAAUUAAGAAACUUUAAGCUCUGUGUUUGUCUUUUCUCAUGUCCUACAUGUUGGAGCAAAUUUCAGGAGUGAAGUCACCAGAUGAAGAUUCUCUUUUACAUGUUUGUAUAUUCCAGAAAUAACUUAAAUGAAAAAAGUUGUCUAUCAUGAUGUUUUCUGUAUAAAAUAUGCAACAAGUCUUUACUAAGAAGGAUAUGCAGUAUUAAUGUGUAUCUGCAUUAUUAUCUGUAUUAUCAGUACUGGAUGGUACAUAAUGUUUGGAUAUAUUUUUAAGCCAUUACUGUUUUGUUGAUUAUUACACUUUGUGAAGGAAUAUAUUAGCCAACUAACACUUUUAUAAUGUGCGCCUACAGUUAUUUGUGAAGAACCUUUUAGGUGGUUUAGUUAUUACAAAGUUUUAUAAAACUGUGACAAAUGCAAUAUGGUUGAAACAUUUCUUGACAACCAGAAAAGACAACAGCACAGUUAUAUUUUGGCACCCAGUGCUGAGAAAGUCUCACCAAAGUGCUUUUUCUAUGAGUCAUAGGUCUUAAUGUCUAUGUAACGUUAGGGAGAGAAAGAACCAAAGAUAAUGAAGGAUUAAGUGGGAGUUUGAAUGUUGCUUUAGAAGGUUUUAACGGGAACUGACAUUGUGGUGAUAAGUGAAUAUGGAACAGAAGUAUCCUGAUUUAUAACUGUUUAAGAAGUGUUAAACACCAUUUAAUAUGCCUUAGUUUGAGUAACCCAUGAGAUGGAUCUCUUGAUCUCUUAAAAUGUUUUUGUAUUAAAAUGUAUUUAAACAUUU